UCCGAACUUAGCGAGGGGUCAAGUCGGAUCUUUUUGUUUGCUCUUGAAUUUUAAAGUUUACUGUUUGUUAUUUCUACAUACAUAUGUAUAUGUAUAUUUAUAUGGAUAUAUAUCGAUAUAUUAAUUAAUUAAAAAAUUAUUAGAAUACUUAUUAAUAAUAAUUUGCAAUCGCAAAACAAAUAUUAAUUAAUUUAAAAUUAAAAUAAUUAUAUAAUAAUGAAGAACAUUUUAUUAGGGAUUUGUAUUUUUAUUCCAUCUGUUUUUUGCGGGACGCGACCCAGUUUCGUGUCUGAUGAUGUGAUAGGAUUUGCUGCGAGUGGAGUUAAUGCAUGUCAAAGACAAACAGGCGUGGCUACAGCGGACAUUGAAGCCGUACGGAAUGGACAGUGGCCAGAGUCUCGUCAAUUAAAAUGUUACAUGUACUGUCUUUGGGAACAAUUUGGAUUAAUUGAUGAAAAAGGCGAAUUAAGUUUAAACGGAAUGUUGACGUUUUUUCAAAGAAUACCAGCCUACAGGGUUGAAGUUCAAAAAGCUAUUCGUGAAUGCAAGAGCAUUGGCAAAUAUUUAGCGAACGGAGAUAAUUGUCAAUACGCAUUUACAUUCAAUGUGUGUUAUGCAGAAGUAUCACCAAAGACGUAUUACUUAUUUUAAAUUCUGAAAUGACUGAAGAAGAGAAUUAUAUAAUUAAAUUAUUAUCUAAAUAAAACAAAAAAAAAUUAAAACUCAAUCAAUUAAAUUUACGGUAUAAUAACAAAAAUAAUAUUGUGCAACUAUAAUUGUUUUACUUGGAGUAAAUAAACGUGAUUAGAUUUUUUUUCGUCCUGCUAUUGAAUAAUAUAUAAAUCAAUCA